GCCCCCCACCUGCCGGCAGCGGCUUGCGAGCCCGGAGCUGUCAGCCCCCCGGCCCCUCCGGAGGUGGGGGGCGCCCCGGGCCGGCGCCUGAGGCCGCUGCAGUUGGCGAAUGAGGUGACCAUGGCCCUGCUGGGGAAGCGCCCUGACAUCCCCGCCAACGGCUGCGGGCCCGACCGCUGGAAUGCCGCCUUCGCCCGCAAAGACGAGAUCAUCACCAGCCUGGUGUCCGCCUUGGACUCCAUGUGCUCGGCACUGUCCAAGCUGAACGCGGAGGUGGCGUGCGUGGCCGUACAUGACGAGAGCGCCUUCGUGGUGGGCACAGAGAAGGGCCGGCUGUUCCUGAGCGCGCGGAAGGAGCUGCAGGCCGACUUCCUCAGGUUCUGCCGAGGGCCCCCGUGGAAGGACCCGGAGGCAGAGCACCCCAAGAAGGUGCAGCGGGGCGAGGGUGGCGGCCGGAGCGCCCCACGGUCGGCCCUGGAGCACGGCUCGGAUGCGUACCUUCUGCGGAAGAUGGUAGAGGAAGUCUUUGACGUUCUUUAUAGCGAGGCCCUGGGCAGGGCCAGCGUGGUGCCGCUGCCCUACGAGAGGCUGCUCAGGGAGCCGGGGCUGCUGGCUGUGCAGGGGCUGCCCGAAGGCCUGGCCUUCCGCAGGCCGGCCGAGUACGACCCCAAGGCCCUCAUGGCCAUCCUGGAACACAGCCACCGCAUCCGCUUCAAGCUCAAGAGGCCACCCGAGGACGGCGGGCGGGACUCAAAGGCACUGGUGGAACUGAACGGCGUCUCCCUGCCACCCAAGGGGUCCCGGGACUGUGGCCUGCACAGCCAGGCCCCCAAGGCGGCCCCGCAGGACCCACCCCCCACCGCCACCUCCUCCUCUGUGGCCGGCUUCCUAUACAGCACGGCGCUCCCCAGCCACGCCAUCCGCGAGCUAAAGCAGGAAACGCCCACCUGCCCGCUCGUCCCCAGCGACCUGAGCCUGGGCCGGCCCGGGCCCGAACUCGCAGCCUCCGGUGCCCAGGACUUCGCCGACUGCUGUGGACAGAAGCCCCCCGGGCCCGGUGGGCCGCUCAUUCAGAACGUCCAUGCCUCCAAGCGUAUCCUCUUCUCCAUCGUCCACGACAAGUCAGAGAAGUGGGACGCCUUCAUCCGGGAGACGGAGGACAUCAACACGCUGCGGGAGUGCGUGCAGAUCCUGUUCAACAGCAGAUACGCGGAAGCCCUGGGCCUGGACCACAUGGUCCCCGUCCCCUACAGGAAGAUCGCCUGCGACCCGGACGCGGUGGAAAUCGUGGGCAUCCCGGACAAAAUCCCUUUCAAGCGGCCAUGCACAUACGGGGUCCCCAAGCUCAAGCGGAUCCUGGAGGAGCGGCACAGCAUCCACUUUGUCAUUAAGAGGAUGUUUGAUGAGCGAAUUUUCACAGGGAACAAGUUUACCAAAGACCCCACGAAGCUGGAGCCCGCCAGCCCACCAGAGGAUACCUCCGCCGAGGUCUCCCGGGCCACCCUCCUCGACCUGGCUGGCACUACUCGGUUGGACAAGGGCACUGUCUCGGAAGACUGUGGACCAGGAACCUCCGUGGAGCCAGGCGGGCUGAGGCCGAUCAAAAUCGAGCCCGAAGAUCUGGACAUCAUCCAGGUGACCGUGCCAGACCCUUCUCCAACCUCGGAGGAGAUGGCCGACUCCAUGCCUGGGCACCUGCCCUCGGAGGAUUCCGGUUAUGGGAUGGAGAUGCUGACGGACAAAGGCCCCAGUGAGGAGCCACGGCCGGAGGAGAGGCCAGUGGAGGACAGGCACGGCGACGUGAUCCGGCCGCUGCGGAAGCAGGUGGAGCUGCUCUUCAACACGCGAUACGCCAAGGCCAUCGGCACCUCGGAGCCCGUCAAGGUGCCCUACUCCAAGUUCCUGAUGCACCCCGAGGAGCUCUUCGUGGUGGGGCUGCCUGAGGGCAUCUCCCUCCGCAGGCCCAACUGCUUCGGCAUCGCCAAGCUCCGGAAGAUUCUGGAAGCCAGCAACAGCAUCCAGUUUGUCAUCAAGAGGCCCGAGCUGCUCACGGAGGGAGCCAAAGAGCCCAUCACGGACGGCCCAGAGCGGGACUCCGGGGACUCCCUUGUGGAUGAGAGCCUGAAGAGACAAGGCUUUCAAGAGAAUUACGACACGAGACUGUCACGCAUCGACAUCGCCAACACGCUCAGGGAACAAGUUCAGGACCUGUUCAAUAAGAAAUACGGGGAGGCCUUGGGCAUCAAGUACCCGGUCCAGGUCCCCUACAAGCGCAUCAAGAGCAACCCCGGCUCGGUGACCAUCGAGGGGCUGCCCCCCGGGAUCCCCUUCCGGAAGCCCUGCACGUUUGGCUCUCAGAACCUGGAGCGCAUCCUCGCCGUGGCUGACAAGAUCAAGUUCACGGUCACCAGGCCGUUCCAAGGACUCAUCCCAAAGCCCGAUGAAGACGACGCCAACAGGCUCGGGGAGAAGGUGAUCCUGCGGGAGCAGGUGAAGGAGCUCUUCAACGAGAAAUACGGUGAGGCCCUGGGCCUGAACCGGCCCGUGCUGGUCCCUUACAAGCUGAUCCGAGACAGCCCGGACGCCGUGGAGGUCACGGGCCUGCCCGACGACAUCCCCUUCCGGAACCCCAACACCUACGACAUCCACCGCCUGGAGAAGAUCCUGAAAGCCCGGGAGCACGUCCGCAUGGUCAUCAUCAACCAGCUCCAACCUUUCGCAGAAAUCUGCAACGAUGCCAAGAUGCCAGCCAAAGACAGCAGCCUUUACAAGGAGCCCGUCACAUACAUAGUCUCCUUGGAGUCUCCGCCCCAGUUUUCUCCAUUUGGCUCAGAGAGGUCAAUAAAUUUCCCCGGAGUCACACAGCCUGGGGGUGGCAGCCGUGGAACUUAAGCUUAGGCCCUGGGACUCUCGACCCGAGCUCCUUGCCCCGGGGACGCUGCCUGUCGCCUUGCCCAGGCUCGGUCAACUCAGGGCGCUCCGGAAGCCGUCUUCCUGACGGGUCCCAGUGUCUGAGCCUUGGCCGGGUGCCAGGUGUGUGCUUUGCACAUCCGUUCGCGGGAUGCUGUCAGCAACCUUGCAAGAUCUCACAUUUCAUCCUGGAUAACACGAGCGCUCGGGCUCAUUAGGGGGCUCUGCGAGCCUGGUCACACUGCGCUCUUCCCGGCACCCCCUAAGCUGGGGUCCGUGGGGUGCCAGCCCCCAGGGAGGGCUCCGGGCCGCAGGCUGGGUGGGCUGGGGCCUGCUCUGAGCCGGUGAGGUGCUCUCCUUGGGGACAGCGUGCAACGCAGGCAAGGCUGCAGGAGGGUGGAGUCCGGUCUGGUUCAAGACCAAGGCUGGACCUGGGCGUGCUGGGAACAGGGAUACUGACCAGGUGAGCGGAGCCGCGCCCAGACCCCAGCAUCUGUCACCCACUCCC